AUCACCAUAACACUUAGAAACUCAAAAAACACAAAUUAAACUUAAUGACUCGUUUUUGUAUCUAUAAUUAUAACAAUAAUGACUUCUGCUUCUUCUCAACGACCAGCAUUUGGCCUAAGCAACCUUCGCAAAACUGUAACUUGGCUAUUCAUCACCUUGUUAAUCAUCUAUCUUCUUUAUUCAUUCAACUUAAUUCUCAAUAAAGAUUCCCCUGAAUGUACUUUGCCUUCAUCAUCAGAAUUAUCCACAAAAGAAGCAUUUUCCACAAAACACCCUCCAGCUUCUCAUAAUUCCAAAAACUCAACUUCCCUUUCUCUUCAAGAAAAUCCAAGGGAGCCUGAAACAGGUCUAAAACACAUUGUAUUUGGAAUAGCCGCGUCUUCGAAUUUGUGGGAUAAAAGAAAAGAGUACAUUAAAUUAUGGUGGAGGCCAGGGGAAAUGAGAGGUGUUGUUUGGUUAGAUAAAAAUGUUACAAUCAAGAAAAAUGAAGGUUUGCCUGAAAUUCGAAUUUCAGAGAAUACGACUAAGUUUCUUUACACGAAUCGACAGGGGAACAGAUCGGCUCUUAGGAUUUCGCGUGUUGUUUCUGAGACAUUAAGGUUGGAACCUAAAGAUGUACGAUGGUUCGUAAUGGGAGAUGAUGACACAGUGUUUAAUGUGGAUAAUGUCGUUAGAAUUCUUUCAAAAUAUGAUCAUAAUCAGUAUUAUUACAUUGGGAGUUCUUCAGAAAGUCAUAUUCAGAACAUUUUUUUCUCAUAUGCCAUGGCUUAUGGUGGAGGCGGAUUUGCAAUUAGUUAUCCAUUGGCAAAAGAGUUGGAAAAGAUUCAAGAUCGUUGCAUUCAGCGAUACCCUGGAUUAUAUGGUAGUGAUGACAGAAUUCAAGCUUGCAUGGCUGAGCUUGGGGUCCCGCUUACGCGAGAACCUGGAUUUCAUCAGUAUGAUGUGUAUGGAAACUUGCUAGGCCUAUUGGGAGCACAUCCUGUAACACCUCUAGUAUCAAUUCACCAUCUUGAUGUAGUGGAUCCUAUAAUCCCAAGGAUGAGCAGAGUUGAAGGACUACGGCGCCUUUUUGAGUCGAUGAAGUACGACACUGCCAGCAUAAUGCAGCAGUCGAUCUGUUACGACAAGCAGAAGUACUGGUCUAUUUCAGUGUCUUGGGGCUACGUGGUUCAGAUCACGAGGGGUAAUAUCUCGCCUAGAGAAUUAGAAAUGCCAACAAGAACAUUUCUUAAUUGGUACAAAAGAGCUGAUUAUACAGCCUAUGCAUUCAACACUAGGCCUGUGACAAAGCACCCGUGCCAGAAGCCUUUUGUGUACUAUAUAAGUGCAGCCAAAUAUGAUCGAAGCAACAAUCAGAUCGUUGGGAUUUACCAUCGUCAUAGAGAGUCGUACCCUUAUUGCAGAUGGAAAAUUGAGUCACCUGAGAGUAUCAAUGCAAUUGUUGUGUUGAAAAGGCCAGAUAAUAACCGUUGGCAGAAGGCAGCAAGAAGGGAUUGUUGUAAAGUUCUACCAUCAAACAACUCCUAUUUGUACAUUUGGGUAGGCAGUUGCCAAGCAGGCGAAACCAGUGAAAUGUAGCUGUUGGAAGGAACACGUGGAAUUGGCUAAGCAUUUUAUUCGAAAAACUAUAGAGCUAGAAUGGAUGGUUUUGUGUCUAUUACCAAUUCUUCCACCUGAGUUGAGACCGACCAUUCAAAUAGAGCUCAGAUAUUAAUGAACUCUAUAGAAGAGUUAUUUAUAGGAACAAUACCCUUACCGUUAUAUUAACAACAAGUAGAUCUACGCCAGGAGAAUUAGUAAUGUGUUAAGAGAAAUUAGUAGGCUUUAGUUUUUCGCUUCCCUCUGUUUUUGUAUCAAUAGCAUUUGAUUAGGAUAGGAAGAAACUAUUCAGAAGUUGAGAAGUAGUAAUUUUGCAGAAAUUAUACUACUUACUAAAGAGCCCAUAUAAGCCCACACUAGACUAACAGUGGAAAGCAAAAUGAAUUUUGAUUUAGCUAGUAAAUGCAAUACAAAUUUAACCAACAUAUAAGAUAUUCUUUCAUUUUACUGCAAAGAUAUGUUAUCUGCAUAAAAAGUUAAAUUCCCAUCGAAACAUAUCCAGUAAAUG